GUUCCGCUGCAUUGACCGCUCUUAUGCACCUUAUCUCUUCUACUUGCGCUCUAUCUUUCCUGAUUUUUUUUCUCCUCUUCUCGUUUAUUUCAUUGAUCUUUUUUGUUUCUCUAAAGUUUUAUUGUAUUUUAUUUGUUAAAUAUAUCUGUUUUAUAUGCUAUUUGACAUUAGAAAUGAGUUCCUGAGUCAUUUGUAGGGUUUACAAAUAAAGCGUCAUCCCGUUAAUUAAUGCUUAAUAACAUAAUUGAAGAUAGUUGCCAUCAGAUAUUAAAUAUAUAUUUAGCCUUGAGCACAACUAAUUCUUUUGAAGCGUCAUGGUUCAUGUGCAGGUCAUAAACCUCUCACAGGAGGAGGCAUAACUGCUGACAGCCACUAAACACACGUCAUACACACUUCCACGUGUCAAUGGAGAUUAAAUAAAGUGUUAUGUUAUUUACCAAUAUAGAUUGACCUGCUUUUAAAUUAGUCAAGUGUUUCGGUUGGUCUACAAAAUAUAUAUAUAUAUAUAUAUAUAUUAAACACUUUAGAAAAAAAUGAUUGCAUUUUCAAAAGGCGAUGGUUUAAAAUAAUAGCUGUCUAAAAAUCCAAUAUUGUAUAGUAUUUACAGUUAUAUAAAACUGAGAAACAGCAUAUCAAGUACCUGCAAAUGUUUGUUAUUGUAAUUUUACACAUGACUUUAACAUGUAUUCAACUUCCAGCCUUUAAUUAUUCCUAACUACUCAAUGAGUUUAAUAUUAUAUAAUACUCAUGUUGUAUGCUAUGGUCCAAAGGUUAAGUUAACCAAUACAUAAUAGGAUGAAAGUGUGCGUGAUAAUUGUGUUUUUAUACAAUAUAGGUGGUUUCAUAUUGAGUUGUGCUCCUCAGGUUUAGUAGACACUGUCCUGCUCACCACACCACGUGAACACACACACAUGCACCGUGCUUUGAAGCCUCAUUCCGCUCAUACUGUCCAUGUUUCACCGUCCGUCACCAGUACAAACGUCUAGAAACCUGUGUGUUUUUUUUGCCCCUUCAUUUGGAUUCUUGUCCUCUCAGACACCGGCCCUUGUCUCUAGCACGCCUUUCAGCGCAUUCCUCCACAAGCACUGUCCUGUGGUGGCUGAGCGCUUCAGUCCCACUCCGUGGUGCUGGGGAGGCCGACUGCAAACACUGGUCUGUGCCGUCCUCAAGUCCAGACCCCCCGUCACUUAUCGCAAUGAGCUGAUCAGUACGGUUGAUGGGGGUCAGAUUUCUUUGGACUGGAUGGACAAUAAAGAUAGUGUGACCUACCCAGAGUCCUCUACGCGGCCCACAGUGCUGAUCCUCCCAGGCCUGACAGGCAACAGCAGGCAGUCCUAUGUGCUCCAUGCCCUGAACCAGGCCGCCCGCCGCGGCUACAGAUGUGUAGUUUUCAACAACAGAGGACUUGGAGGGGAAGAGUUGUUGACGCCUGUCACCUUCUGUGCAGCCAAUACCUCCGACCUGGAGCAUGUGGUGCAGCACAUUAAAGGACUUUACCCAUCUGCCCCUGUGCUUGGUGUCGGUAUGUCUUUGGGAGGCAUGUUGUUAUUAAACUAUCUGGGCCGGAAGCGCACAGAGUCCGGGAUGGUGGCGGGUUUCACCAUCUCAGUCCCUUGGAAUGCGCUGAAGUCGGCUGCCGCGAUGGAAGAACCACUCAAUUGGCUGCUCUUCAACAGAUACCUCACCGCCGGCCUGCGUAAUGCUGUCAGCAGGCACAGGAAGGUUCUGGAGAAAGUGGUGGACAUCAACUUUGUCUUGAAGGCGCAGACGAUCCGCGAGUUCGACGAACGCUUCACCUCAUUGAUGUUUGGCUAUAAAUCUUGCUCGGACUAUUAUUUCGAUGCCAGCCCAGACAAUAAACUGCAUAACACGGCAGUUCCCAUCUUGUGUCUCAACGCGGCCGAUGACCCCUUCUCCCCCCAACACGCCUUCCCGCUGACCACGAUCCAGAGCCUGCCCAACGUGGCUCUGUUGUCGCCGGCCCACGGCGGACACAUCGCCUUCCUGCAGGGUCUGUUUCCCCGGGGCGCGAGCUUCAUGGAGAGCCUGUUCGGCCAGUUCGUCCAGGCCGCCUUCGAACACCCUCAGGACAUCAGGGAAGCCUGCGGGAUUAAGGAGGAGCAAAGGAGCUGAUCGUCUUCCUCCCCAUCACCGAGAAGAGGAUGAAGUCCGUGGCAUCACAGCAGUAGGAAAGCUAUUCACGAGAAGAUCUAUCGCUCAGCAUGUCAGCGUCACACCGCGGACACGUCGGGUCUCCUCGACGUGCACCGAGAGCGACCGACCGACACGGGCAAUCAUGUGACCUCACUGCAGCUAUGCUAUCUACCUCUUUUUAAAAAAGUGCACAACUCAGUCAAUCAAUGCAUAAUAUUGCAUCAACACACACAAAAAAUUAUGCAUAUAUUCGUUAAAAGAAGGAGAAAAAAAAGUCGAUUAAGACUCUAAAUUGAUUUUAUUCCCGUUUUAUUUCCCCCACGCCGUCCCAACGUGACUCGGAGCACUUGUAGUGUGUGUUGAAACCAAAACGCACAAUUAUUUGAAGGAAAUGAGUGCUGUAAGUUUAAAUACUAUUUGAAAAUGUGAUUUUAAAUAGACAUGAACUGAAUGUGAGAGUAACACAGUUAUUCAGACGUGACGUUUGUUUUGGCUCAUGAGUCACUUUGUUUUUUAGCGAGACGCGUCUUCCUUGAAGUGUGAAACAUUCGUCAACAGAUGACCCCCCUGCAUGCUUCACAUGCGCUCCGUUCCUAAAGGUCCACCGCAUCUUGAGGUAAUAUCUAGCCCAAAUCUAGCUAUUUUGUAGUUAGAGGUUUUUAUUUGUUUUGUAAUUGAAUCACCAAUUUCUUCCCGGUUGGUGUGUGAACUGAAUGUCUUUUCGAAUUAGUCGAGAGGGUUUUUUAAUACACUGAUUAAACCGACUCGUCGUUUUAUAAUGCAAAUAGCGGAGGGAUUUAGGAUUUAUGUCAUUAUUAUUACUAGAAGCUACAGUUGUUGUACUCUGAAAAUGAAAUAUGAAGAUUAUAUAGCAGCAAAUGUUGCUAGUUGUCGGCAUAUUGAGAUGUUUUGCUCAUCAGCACUUUGAAGAUAUUAACCACUUUUACUUGCCUUUAAUUGAUGUGUAUAUUUGUUGUUUUCCCCGUUCUGAGCUGUAACCACAAUCACAAAGUGUGUGUGUGUGUGUGUGUGGUAUCCCUUAUGAUUGUCACCCUUCACCAGAAAUAACUUUGGGCAUUAUUAACAAUAUAUUAGUUUUUUUGUGAAUUACACUUGAAUUAAAGAAUGAUGAUGAUAAUAGCAA